AUGGAUAGCUACUCCAUCCUUUACAGCUCGUGCCACAGGACCGAGCUGCUCGACCGCUUCCAGCGUCUUCGCUCGGCCGGGAGGAUGUGCGACGUGGUGCUCGAGACCGAGGGGGUCUCCUUCCCGUGCCACCGGGCCCUCCUGGCCAGUUCCAGCGAUUAUUUUUGGGCUCUAUUCGGGGAAGCUACGACGGAGAGAUUAGCGUGCAGCAUCAGGCUCCCGGCGCUAACGCCUGUAGGGUUAGAUGUCAUCUUAGACUUCCUGUACUCCGGUUGGCUCAGGGUGUCCGAGAGCACACUUCCUGAUGUUUUGGAGGCGGCGAGGUACCUGCAAGUGGACACGGCUGUUGCCAUAUGCGAACGCUACAUCACGGAUGAGCUCAGCGCGGAGAACUGCUGCUGCUACGCUAACUUAGCAGAGUACCAUGCGCUUACCGACGUGUUGGAAGCGGCCAACUACAGUAUCGCCGCGGAGAUGGCCGUUCUUCUGCAAGAGAGACGGGGCGACCUCCUGGGCUUGAACAUCCAGUCGCUGAUGACGGUGCUGGACGCUGAUGAAAUUCCAGCGGUAAAGGAGGUGGAGCUCGUCAAGCUGGCACUGGAUUGGUUGGGUGAGAACGGGCCUCUCCCGCUGCUGCAAUCCAACCAGUUGCUAAGCCGCUUGCGCUUCGGAUUGAUCGCUCCGGACGAUCUUGCGCACCUGAGCCACGCCAGCAAAGCCAUGGGCACACCUUUGAUCAGGAGCCAGGUGACGAGGGCACUGGAGUACCACAGAACGGGUUCGGCAAGGCCAAUCAAGCAGAACAAACAGUCCACGCUCAGGGCGGCCGUUCGUGUAGUACUUGUCGGCGGCAGCUCGAGUCCAAAUCAUCCGGAGCAGCAGGUGUUGAUGUUCAAUCCGAAAACCAGGACGUUUGGGUCCCUUAGGACCUACCUGCCGCAGAGACUAAGGAACCACUGCGUGUGCUCCUUGGGUGGCUUCCUCUUCGUAGUGGGCGGGGAGGUGGUGAGCAAGGCAGACGGCAAACCGGUCGUCGCGGAAACCUCCAAUCAGGUUUGGAGGUACGACCCCCGCUUUGAGUGUUGGCAGCAGGUGGAGUCCAUGCUUCAGAAGAGAACCAAGUUCACCUGCUGCGCCACCGACGACUCCAUCUACGCCAUUGGCGGACAACACACAACCGCCGACGGCAACGCACACGCCACGUUGGCUUCCGUGGAGUUUUAUGACUUGGAGGCAGGCACUUGGCGGCGGGGACAACCAAUGCCCGGACCGCUCCACGGUCACGCGAGCGCCGUGCUCGAACAGAAAAUUUACGUGUCAGGUGGUCUCCCGGACAACAGCAUCGUUGACCUGGUCCCGGGCCAGAGCCAAAGCAGAAAGGAAGUUCUGUGCUGGGACGGUGUGAGUAGACUCUGGCAGAAAGUGGCACCCAUGUCCAUUGGCAGGUUCGGGCAUCGCCUGGCGAGCGUCCACGGUUACCUUUACGCCCUACUGGGGAUGUACGAGCCCUAUUGCGAUAUCGAGCGCUACGAUCCAGGAGCGGACCAUUGGACUCGCCUCAGGCCGCUACACCCCGCUUCCUUCAGCUACGGGAUGGCGGCGAUGCCGAGUGGGAGCAUCCUGGUGUUUGGUGGGAGGAAGUGGAGCAACGGGCAGGAGGUGGUCCUGAAGAGCGUGCUGGAGUACAAACCCAAGAAAGACCACUGGAGGGAAAUCUGUCAGCUGCCAAGACCCCUCACAGGAACCGAGUGCACGUUACUACCGAUGCCUGACUAAAAGACACAACAGUUGGGUCUGUCGUGUUUCAUGCACAUUUUAAUGCUAAGAUUAGGAGCUAGCUAGCUGAACUAAGCUCCAGUCAGUUUGUCGUCUCAGUCCUGAGUGAAGAUACCGUAGCCGGGGAUAAACUCUGGAAAUUUAGCCUGUUCAGAAUUCGACAAUGUCGUCCCCGUUUGAUUAAAAACUCAUUCACUCCCAAAGACGUUUUUAAACGUCUCUUCAGACUUGGUCCAGAAUUGACUGGUACUGAAUGAGUUAAAGUCAGCAAAGGCCCAACUAAGGAAUGUCUAAAAGACUUUCCUGGGCAAUUCUCCCCUGACGUGAGGUCUGCUAAAAGAGAUUUUUCCUUCACAAAGUGCUCGGAAGACGUUUUUGGUACCUACGAUGGUAAAUUCUUUCAUUCACCACCAAAAAAGACCAGGAAAUAAGUUUUCCAUCACAAUGUAGGUACCAGGUAAGCUAAAGGCGUCGCUCACUUGGCCUUUUUUGGUGAUCUCUUGAGACGUCAUCAGUUGCGGCCCAAGUACCGUUCCAAAUCAAAGUACGAAUAAACCAAGAACUGGAUUACCCAGCUCGAGACGACAGACAGACGUGUUCAAAAAGUAUUUUUGUCUCAGUUGACAAACAGCUAGAAAUGUGCACUGCUGCCAUCUACAGGACUGGAGGGCAACAGUACAGACCCAAAAGCACAGGCGUUGACUUUCCAUUGCGAGCGGUUUAGUCUUGCAGUGUGAGAGGGUACAACAAAUCUAAAAACCGCACAGCGUAUCCCCGGCUUAAGAUGAGCCGAGGGGAAGCGGGAAUGUUUAAGGACGAGGUGAGGACAAGGUGAGGAGAUUUAGCGGGGAAACGCCGGCUGAAUUUGUAAGCGAAGGUAUAGAAGAAAACGAACAUGCAAUGAGAAUUUAGAAGCGAUUAUUGAUUGAACUUCAAGAUAGAAUUCAUGUAUUUUUUUUUUUACUUUUGGUUUUGAUGAAGCUGCAACAUGGAGGGAAAAAAAAACACGAAACAACUUUCUACAAUAAAUAUUCAAAUAAACCAGUGCAAAUAUGAA